AUGGAAGGCCAACCGAGAAGCGGCGGCGGCGGCGCUUCGUGGGGGCCACCGCCGCCGGUGGCUCCUGCAGAAGCCACCAGGCGGGCGGCCGGCGGACCGCGGCUGACGACGACGCACCAGCGGCAGCAGGUGAAAGUGAAGCACAUCGUCACGAGAGAGGUGAGCACGGACGUGGCCAACUUCAAGGACGUCGUGCAACGGCUCACCGGGAAGGACUCCGCGGCCGCGCGCGCGGCGGUGGUGGCUGCCGGUUCCGACGGCACGAGCUGCUGGAGCGGUGGCACGAAGGUCGUCGCCGCCGGUCGCGGGGCUACUACUACUAUUGGGGUUGCUUCGGGUGCAGUUAUGUUUGAGGACAACGUAGCCGGAGCGACGCCGAUGUUCCUGUCGGAGGAGGACACGAGAGGCGAUGGUGGCGGGGUGCGUGACUGA